UGCGUGCUGUGGCGCGUUUAUUCAUUCGUGAAUCGUCCGGUACGGCGUCAACUAGGUUAUUUUUUUCGAAAGAAAUAAUUACAAAUUAAAAAUGGAAUUCGUAGGCAAGAAAUACAAGAUGACGUCGUCGGAAAACUUCGACGAAUUCAUGAAGGCUUUGGGCGUUGGCCUCAUCACCCGCAAGGCCGCCAACGCAGUGACCCCCACCGUGGAGCUCCGCAAAGACGGAGACCAGUACACGCUGGUCACCUCCUCCACCUUCAAGACCACGGAGAUGAAAUUCAAGCCCGGCGAGGAGUUUGAUGAGGAGCGCGCUGAUGGCGUCCAGGUAAAGACUGUGUGCUCGUUCGAAGGCAACAAGCUGAAGCAGGUGCAGAAGGCUCCUGACGGCCUGGAGGUCACCUACUUGCGCGAAUUCAGCCCCGAGGAGCUGAAGGCGGUCAUGACCGUGAAGGACGUCACCUGCACCAGGGUCUAUAAAGUACAAUAAGACAACCACUCAAGACUGCAGGGCGGGCGCCCUACUUUUGUCCUAUUACAUAUAGCACAACUAUUUUAUAAAGUUAAAUUAUGUUACUACUACGCUCCUACAUCUAAAUGACUGCCCUGUGGAGUCGGCGAGAUCGGCCAAUCACAAUGCAACAGAUUUGACCAUGACCGUGAGCACUGAUAUCGGCCAAUCAGAUUGCAAUAAAUAGAUUUGACAAACGAUCACACUCAACUGACUUCACACCAGGGCGGCUACCGGGAAAAAUCGAAAUUCGUCAAUUUCGGGCAUUUUUCUCUGUCACUCUAAUUACGUUCUAGUGAGAGUAAAAGAGAAAGAUCCCCGCAAUUUGCGAAUUUCGGUUUUUGCGGUAGGCCCCCACUUGUAAUUUCGUACGUGUGACAGGGAGGCAACACGUCGAACGUGGUUCGCGGUGGGCCCUCUGACAGUUUCAACAUUUUUUUUAAUAAGUACAGAUGGCAGUCCUUUGAUUUGUAGAGUUUAAACGAGUAUAUUAUUCUGUCAAACAUAUUGGACGCUGCUUGUGAACUCAAAUGUUUAUUUUUGUAUGAUUUCGUAUGCGUGUUUGCCAAAGUUAGGUUAACCCUACUACGCGGUGAUGCGGACCUACUUGCGUAUGUUUGCAUAAGCUAUGGCGUGUUAAAUAAACUCGUUUUAUAUAA